AUGGACAACGCCAAGUAUCAUAAGUGCUUACCGCAUGACACCCCCCGAUACGGCUGGUCCAAAGCCCGUCUUCAGAACGCGUGCAGAACCUACGGGAUCUCAUUCAACAGCAACGAUCCGAAGUGCACGUUGUGGACGUACCCGAGCAAACACAUUGAUGACAACGUGGUCCCUGUCGUCGUUGCGAUGCAAGUGCUCGAGGACACACCGUUGCUAUGGGCAAUCACCAAGGGUGAUGUCGGUCGUCAGUAUUGCGAGGCAACGAGCUUUCGAGACGUCCUUGAUCGCUUGAACAAGGCGUUUCUUGACGUGGCGCCUAGCACGAUUCACGGUUGUGUCACCACGUUCAAUCGGAGAUUGGCAGUGUUUCACACGUACCUUGGCCUUAAGGAAGUCGCAGCUGCGUCAGCUGAAAGUCUGGAAACAGCGAAUGAGCAAGGCGACCGUGAGAGAGGGGAAAAUGGCAGUACCAUGGACGAAGACAGCGCAAGUGACGGUAGCGACGACCAACACGGCGGCGACAGCACCGACAGUGGCGAUGGUGUUUGGCACCUGUAG